CCUGACCCCCUCCCGCGAGGGGGAUUCGUGCAUCUGCAAUCCCCGGGGGUUGUCGGUCGUCGUCUGCGUUCUUUUCCAGGGUGCCCGACCUCCCAGAUGACUUUUCACUACACAUGAAGAGUCACUCUUGUCCUUGUCGCACAGGUCAGGGCCCCCACCAGCCCCCAGGGACUCCCCCAGCCAAACGCUACCCCUCCACACCGAUCUGGUCACCGUCUCCACAGCUCGGCUUUUUCUGGAAUGUCAUACAUGCUGCUGAUCAAGAAGCAGACGGAGGACAUCAGCAGCGUCUAUGAGAUCCGAGAGAAGCUCGGCUCGGGCGCCUUCUCUGAGGUAGUGCUCGCCCAGGAGCGGGGCUCCUCACACCUUGUGGCCCUCAAGUGCAUCCCCAAGAAGGCGCUUCGAGGCAAGGAGGCCCUGGUGGAGAACGAGAUCGCCGUGCUCCGAAGGGUCAGCCACCCCAACAUCGUGGCCCUGGAAGACGUCCACGAGAGUCCUUCCCACCUCUACCUGGCGAUGGAGCUCUGAGCCCCGCUUCCCCAGGGUGACGGGGGCGAGCUGUUCGACCGCAUCAUGGAGCGCGGCUCCUACACAGAGAAGGACGCCAGCCACCUGGUGGGCCAGGUCCUUGGCGCUGUGUCCUACCUGCACAGCCUGGGCAUCGUGCACCGCGACCUCAAGCCCGAAAACCUCCUGUAUGCCACGCCCUUCGAGGACUCCAAGAUCAUGGUCUCCGACUUUGGUCUUUCCAAAAUCCAGGCUGGCAACAUGCUGGGCACCGCCUGUGGGACCCCGGGCUAUGUGGCCCCGGAGCUCUUGGAGCAGAAACCCUACGGGAAGGCCGUAGAUUUGUGGGCCCUGGGUGUCAUCUCCUACAUCCUGCUGUGUGGCUACCCCCCUUUCUACGACGAGAGCGACCCCGAGCUCUUCAGCCAGAUCCUGAGGGCCAGCUACGAGUUUGACUCCCCCUUUUGGGAUGACAUCUCAGAAUCAGCCAAAGAUUUCAUCCGGCACCUCUUGGAGCGAGACCCCCAGAAGCGGUUCACCUGCCAGCAGGCCUUACAGCAUCUUUGGAUCUCUGGGGACGCGGCCUUCGACAAGGACAUCCUGGGCUCCGUCAGCGAGCAGAUCCAGAGGAACUUCGCCCGGACCCACUGGAAGCGAGCCUUCAACGCCACCUCCUUCCUGCGCCACAUCCGGAAGUUGGGGCAGAGCCCUGAGGGCGAGGAGGCCUCGCAUCGAAGGAUGACCAGCCACAGCCACCCGGGCUUCCCGGCCAGCCAGCCCUCCACGUGGUGACGCCCAGGAAGAUGGCAAGGCCGAGUGGAUUGACCCCCACAUUCCCCCCCCCCGAACCUU